GUAGUUCCAAGAUAAUUGGCGUACACUUUGAAUACUCACGACGCGUAUCUGAAAUUUGCGCGUGACAAUUCGUUGUGAAUCCAUUUCUUAGUCAAUCAAAUACCAUAUCAGUUUGGAUCAAUAUUGAUUGCAGAUUUUUUCUCAUCAUUAUAGUUACCGCAAGACCAGAAAUGCAUAAAAUUACUACUAUUAACAAACAUUUUCUUUAUAUUCGAUCAUCUUACAAAUUGUAACAAUUCAGUACUUGCAUCUGACAUGCCAUGCAGAAAAAUAUUCUGUUAACAUUUUUUGAUACAAAAUUCCUAUGGCUAUCAAAAAUAUGCUGCAAAUGUUUUAUUUACGGACAGCUAAUCGAUUGCGGCAGGUAUGUCAAUGUACAGUUUGGGGACCACACCAGGAAAUAUGUAUUAAAAAAAGCGCAAACGGACCUUAUUGAAUACCUUGCGUUUUGAAAUGGUACGUCCCUUCUCAACCUUUCCGCAAUUUACCCCCUUCACUUCACCCUUCCAAAGCAAGUACUGCUGUUUGAUGUGUUAUGCGGAGAUGUACACCGAAAAUUCCCGCAUUUCUGAUCAUGCAAUAUUGAAAGUAAGGCGUGGUUACAGUAAUAUUUUAGAAUUUGAGUUAACACGUUUAGAAACUAUGUCAUUUUGAAAGAAACUACUAACUUCCUACAUUUGAGAGGAACGGCUACUAGUGCGCGUAUGUGUGUUGACCCUUAACCUCAACGAGCAAUACUACAAUGUGACGGCACCGGUUGGUGCCGUAAGUCAUCUCUGCAAAAUAUGCAGAAACGAUGAAUUUUAAUUUAAAAUGUCGCUUGUUAUCGUUCUGUUGAACGAUAAACGUACUUGCUUCAUGUAGAGCAACUAAAGAUAAUCUGCAUUUGCAGACUUGAGGUUUUCAUAUGCAACUUAGCACUCCACUCGCCUCACAAUGACUUGGAAGAUAUGUAAUCUGCUGUUAAUAUUCUUUUUUACUGUUGGAAAUGCUGAAAAGGCAAUGUUUUUAAAAGAUGUGGGUGCUUUGAUUGAAAAAUAUUCAAACCUUACAGCUGAUCACUUGAGCAAAACACAGCUGCAAGAUUUAUUGGAUAAUUUGCAAAAGUGUUCCGAAUAUGCUAAUGAAACUGUGACUUCAACUCCUAAAGGGUGCACUAUUUCAGGUGGCUGUAAUGAAACUAAUGAGUGUCUCUCAGCUGGCUAUAUAUUCAACCUGUUGGACAUUACUAACGAUAAAUUUGAUAGCAAUUCAUUGACAGCUGUUUGCCCAUUAAUAUUACGGCAUUUAGAAAGCCAUGCAUGUGGUUCCAUCAAGAACGAAGCCAGUACAGAAUCUUUAGAGCUUAAAAAACCAUCUUCAUAUGAAGUUUGGGGAUUAGGCUUUUUAUUUGUAACCGUGAUAAGCCUGUGUUCUCUGUUGGGUGUUACAUUUCUGCCAUUAAUGGACAAAGAUUUUUAUCAACAACUUUUGAUGGUUUUAAUUGGUUUGGCUGUCGGAUCUCUGUCUGCAAGUUCUGUUUUUCACCUAAUUCCUCAGGCAUUUCAGCUUAUUGAUGAAGAUAAUCAGCAUGAAUACUUGAACAUAUCAAUAAUGUUAUGGGCUGGAAUAUGGGUGUUUUUUUUGACGGAAAGGAUCAUGAAAAUUAUUAGCAAUGCAAAGGAUAAUCAACACUUGCAUUCAGAAUUGCCCUGUAAAGACAUUUCAGCAGAUAUUGUCUCAGCUGUUUCAAGUCCCACCGAGCUUAUACCAAACCAUGAUCAUGACGAUAGUCAAGUUGAUCGAUGCAUGCUCUCAAAAUACAACUACCAGGACCAAGUAAUGAGAACGUACACUAAUCAUGAGAUUUCACAUGAUACUCAUUCUCACAGCCAUCACAUCCAUUUUGAACAAGGAAAAGAUAGUGUGGUGGCAACAGUGGCGUGGAUGAUUAUUUUUGGCGAUGGUCUUCACAACUUUAUAGAUGGUUUAUCUAUAGGUGCUGCUUUCAAUGAAAGCAUUCUUACGGGUAUCAGCAUUAGUAUGGCUGUUAUGUGUGAAGAACUGCCUCAUGAACUUGGUGAUUUUGCUGUUCUGUUGAAUGCUGGCAUGACUAUGAAACAAGCUCUUGUAUACAACUUCUUGUCUGCAUGCACCUGUUACUUGGGCUUGAUAUUAGGGAUAUUACUUGGGGAAUUUGAAGCAAGUCACUACAUCUUUGGGUUUGCAGCCGGAAUGUUUAUGUAUAUAUCAUUGGUGGAUAUGAUGCCUGAACUAAAUCGUGCUGCUGAAGAUGCCAGUAAAAUAAGUGUGAAGACAGCUGUGAAGACAUUAGCUUUGCAGAACAUUGGUCUUCUUAUAGGAGUAGCAGUUCUUUUCUUUCUUGCACGCUUCCAAGACAGUAUUACUUUCAUGUAGUUAUGGAUGCAAAUUGUAAAUAGUUUGUUGGAUGUAGGUUGAGUGAACUGUGUGCUGGAAAUGACCAACAUGACCAAGUGUAUUUUUUAUAUUAAUAUUUAAUUUCCUAACCAAGAGCUAUCUGUCUUCCAUGAAUUUGGCAGUUUAACAUCGAGCAUACAUUAUACAGACCCCUCUAAAUUCCUUUAUAUUGCUUUAUGGUAAUUAAAUAAUUCUUCUAAGUAACUGUGCUGCUAAUAUUCAUCCUGAAAUUCAUUGAGGGUAUUGCUUGUAGAAAGGAUCAACAUUUAUAACUACAAGUAAUUGGUUAUAAUUUCUGGCGCUGCACAAUGUUGUUCUUUAAGACACUACACUUGUCAUGCUCCUAGUUGAAUUUAGAAUCAACUUGAAAUGCAUUUAGCAUGCAAAGAAUAGGAGAGUUGAGAGGUCUGAUUUUAUUAGUGUCUUCUUUCCAGUGUCUUCAAUAACAUAAAUAUUUCUUUAAACCUGUUUUUACUGAAAUCUUAAAGAUCUAAUCUACUGAAAACAACCUUUCAGUUGAAUGAAAACGAAGAAAGUAAUUCUGAAUCUUUGUAUUCUUUAAAGUGUUUGAUAUGAAAAAGAGGGUUGUUUUGUUUCAAUCCUAUCUCUAGAAAGAAUUGAUGAAUUGAAAUAGCUGUUUAUUUUGUCUUUUAAUGUAAUUUUUCUAAAUAAAUAUUGUACCAAAAUUAAUAAAAACAAAAAGAACCUACACGUUUCUCUCUGAAAGUGGUGAGUAUGUGUGAAGUGAUUAUUAUCUUUUGGUUUACAGCCAAGGGAAGUUCAAUACUUACAAAAUGCACUAAAGUGGAAGAAUACACUUAAUUUUUAGUUAUUAGAUUUAUUUAUUUACUUUUCCUCUCUCUAUCAUAUUUGCUACUUCUCAAAUAAUGUCAUACGAUGCCAACCUUUUGUUCCUUGUAUGUGGUAUAUGUGAAGUUAAUAUGUAAGUGAUCGAAAACAUGAGAGUGCAAUGAUUGUUAUUUUUUGGGGCAAGUCAAUAAUUGUCUCAUAGAUAUUUGUAUUGAUUUGAAUAGUAAAAGAAGAUUAAUGCCACUAGAUAUAUUGUUCCACAGGCAAUUUGAUAAAGGGGUGAGAAAGUGAAAGUUGUGUGAUAUUUGCAUUGUUAUGGAAUGACAGACAUAAAGGUCAUGCUACAAACAAUAAAUCUUUUUGAAAAGAAACUACUAAAAAUUCUUUCUUUUUGUGAAUUUAAACUGGGAAGUAUUAAGUAUUGUUAAAAUAUAAGAAUUGAGUUAUGGAGCAGUUGUAGAAAAGGUAGUUGACUUUACUCAGAGUGCAAAUGUUGAAGAAGAUAGGCAGAAGAUCGGCAUCAACUUCAAGCCACGAAACACCAUUGUGACCAAUAGAAGAGUUAGAUGAAGAAAAUUAAAAAUUCUAAUAGAAAUCCUUAGGCUCCAAGACGGUGUGUAGUGCUAACAAAAGUUUGAGAUUAGUGUUCAGGAAAAUUUGCAAUUUAUAUAUACUUGGUGCUGCAACCUAUAACAGGGACUGUCCUAUAAUUUUCUUAUUAAUAUGUAAAAUGAUUGAAAAUAUAAAAAAUUUAUUGAAAAUUAUUUCUAUUAAAAAAUUUCUCUAUCAUGUUCCUGGUAAAACUGUGAUUGUUUUCUUAAUGUUUUUGAAAUUUUAACCAAUUUAUACGAAACAGUUUGGGUUUGUCAUGUUUCAGAGGAAUAUUUCCAUUAUGAAUUCAUUCCUUAUUUUUAUAUUUCAGUAUACAAUUUUUUAAAAAAUUAUUUGAGAAAUAUUUGAGGUGGAUGCCCUAAUUUAAAUUACCCACCACCUUUCCAAAAUUCUCUGAGGAUCUAGUUUGGAAUCUGGUAAAAUUUUCAAUAAAUACAAUGUAUGAUGUGCAUAACUGAAAUUCAGAGUAUAGAAAUGGAUGAUGAAUAAUUAUUGACUUGUCUUAUAUUUUUAGUAUUCUGUAUAUAUGAGGUUGACUGUAUCUGAAAUUUUAUAUCGUCUGCAGAGAUUUUUAAGUGCAAAUUGGUAUAGUGUAAAUUAGUCUUUAUUAAGUGCAUAAUUAGAAAGCAAAAAUUGUUUCACGGGAUUUUAGUUUUAUUAUUGAAAAAAUAAUGUUUUUGCCCACACAAAAGGAAUUCUUACAAAAAGUUAAAUUGAUAGACUGUUUUUAAAAUAUAGUUUACAAUAUUUUGAACUUUAAUUGUGUAAAAUGAAUUUUGAAAUUGUAUUUGUAGUAUUGUGUACCAUGGACAAAAAACUGUUCGUUGGCUUGAUUUGUGUGAUUGUCAUUUGCAUGAUAUUCUAGUUUCCCCUAAGAAUAAAUUAAAUUAUUAUCAUAGUAUACAUUGUUAGAAAUAAAAUAUAUUGCAACUCCUUUGUUGAUUAAUAAAGAGUACAGUACUCGCGUAUUUAUUUUUACAUCUUUCUUCAAUUUUGAUGAAUAAAUGACUUCACAACCUUUAUAUGUUUGUUUUAAUCGACAAUAAAACGUCUAAUAAAAAAUUUAUAUGUA